AAGAUACCAAUUAUCCAAGAUAUUUGGAGAAGGUUGGCUGUAAAAAGAAGAGAAAGUCAAGCUCAAUUAGUGAAGGGCUUUUCGAUAAUUGGUAGAUGAUCUUAGGAUCUGUACCUUGCGCAAUCGACAAAGGUAAUUAUCUCCGGUGCUUCCAAAACGUUGCCACACACUCUGCCUCUUUCACAGCAUUUCCUCCUAGUGAUCGGAAUCACCUGAACAUGGAAUUAUCGUGCCCGGCAUACAUACUUACGCACAUACGUACUGCUGCGCCAUCAUUCGAUCGAGUCCUACCUCAUGAGGCGGCGCUGCAGCUUCCCGUGACACCGCAUACCCGCCAUCUCCUGAACGCAAAUUCGAUUUUUGGCCGCAGGCGUGAGAGUGUCAUGGCAAUGCUAGAACCUAUCGGCCCCCGACACGUGCGUGUUUCAGGAUUGAGGCUGGUAUGUUUGCACAGUUUGCGGGCUGCUCGCAGUGGUUCGCGUCGUCGGUGUUGUUGUGGACUUUGGAUGCCAAUUUUCUCCCGUAACGGUAAGGCUAAAGACUCACUUUUUGAUGCAGACAUGUUUGCUUGGGCGUUUGGAGGUGGUAAUAAUGACUUGUACGUAGUCUCUUGGAUUAGGUAUGUAUUGUCGAGUGCCCAAUUUCUACAGCCUCGUCACGUGGAGAUCCUAGAAUUACCUACCUUAGCUCUUGUGUACCUAGCCUUGACCUCCUUUUCUAAGCGAGGUAAAGGGGCACAACAUCGCAGAAUCAGAUACAACAACAGUUUACGACUGCACUAGGUUUGCGCCUGAACUUACCCAGGACUAUAAAUAACGUCUUGGUCGAAGGAUCAAGAGGCCAUUGGGAGAGUAUUCCACGAAAAUAUUCUGAUUGGCCCCCCGCUCGUUCUCGCCAAUCAAAUGUGACGAAUAGACGCAGGUUGAAGAUGAGCGCCAACCAAAACAUUUGGCCAUGCAGAGCUAUUUCAGGAGAGUUCAAAGUUCCAAAAGCACCAAUAACUUUGAUAGCUAAUCGCGUGGCCAAAGGGUUUUACCAGCUGCCAACACAGACUAUUUCGUACAUCCAAUAACAUGGAGUUUGGUGUACGGCUAGCCUUCCUUCAUGGCCACGAGGCUAUCGGCC